UUUAAUAACUUCCACAAUUUUUAUCUGAUCGUAACCAAAUUUUCAGGGAUAAUAACUACUAUAGUUAUUACUGUAUAUACCAAAAUUCGUAACUUUACGCUUGUUAUUCGAUUUUUUUGAUUUGCGGGGGCGGAAGUGGGCGUGGCAAAAAUUUGAAACAAACUUGAUCUGCGUGCAAGCAUAACACUUGCUGUCGAAAAUUAUAGCUCUAUAUCUGAUAGUCUCUGAGAUCCAGUGUUUCAUACGGACGGACGGACAGACGGACAUGGCUAGAUCGUCUCGGCUGUUGACGCUGAUUAAGAAUAUAUAUAGUUUAUAGGGUCGUAGAUGCCUCCUUCUACCUGUUACAUACACUUCCUGCCGACACAAAGUUAUAAUACCCUUCUACCCUAUGGGUAGCGGGUAUAAAAAUGAAUCAUAAUUAUAUUGCAUUUCUUCACUUCAUAUCAAAUCGUAAAUUUUUACACCGCUUUUAGCUAUACAUAGUUUAAUUGUGAUAUAUUUAGUUAUUUACUGAGAACAAUGGAGUCUGGAGCUGUUUCCUAUGCGGUGGCUCAGUUCGAAUUAUACGCUUUAGGAGGAGAGAGCUUAGCUCCAUUAUAAGAGGGCAGGAGAUGGGCAAAUCGAUGGAAGUGUCUUGGGUGAUGGAUCACUACAGAGUUGUUAUUUUAGGUGCUGCUGAAGUGGGAAAAACAUCGCUGAUUGCAAAUUACACGCAAGGCAAGGAUCUGAGUUAUAAGGAAACGACACUGAUUUCCUCUUACUAUUCAAUUUAUCCGGAGAAGACGAUAAGAUUAGAUUGUUGGGAAUUGGCUGGAAAUGAGCGCUGGCAUCAAUUGGCGCCCUUUUAUUAUAAGGGUGCCCAGGCAGCGCUCGUUGUGUACGAUGUGCAGCAUCCUCAGAGUCUAUGGACUGCCAAAGAGUGGAUCAAGGAAAUGCAAAAUAAGGUAUCUCGUGAUAUUAUCAUAGCUAUAAUUGGCAAUAAAUCAGAUCUAUGGGAUGAAUCUUGCAUCGAUUCUAUAGAGGUCCAAAAUUAUGCUUUCGAACAUGGUUUUAUAUUCAUUGAGACGUCUGUUAAAACGGGUCAAAAUAUAAAUGAACUGUUUGCAACAAUAACACAAGAACUGAAGACUAGGAAAACUCCGAUGUGUUACAAAGCAGUAGAAAAAGAAGAAGUAUCAAAGCACAGAUGUGGGUGCAUCUAAAUAGAGG